UUUUCUCUCACCCCCUGGCAUAAAGGAGGAGCGAAUACAGCCGUCAGAUUAUACUUGCCCUGGAGGUUUUCCUCUCUUUGUACCUCACACUCCUCCCUCUUGCUCCCUCUCCCGUACCCGUCUUCUUCCUCCGGAAAGCCGCUUCUUCACCCAAGAACGGUUUUCCUGGACUGGGAAACCUAGGAAACGCCAUCCAGACGAUUCAGCGGCGUGGUUCAGCGGAUCGCUGCGGUGUUUUGGGCGGUGGAUCGGAGGGGCAUUUGUGUUUGACGAUUGACAAUGGCUGGUGAGCAGAAAAUUGAGAAUUCCAAGCUUAUUCAUGAUGGAAUGAAGUUAGAUUCCUCUUCUAAAAUGGCUGAGCGAGAUAUGAUUUCUGGAAAGGAUGGGGUGCCCUCUGAUUCUACACCAUCUGUACUGUCUUUAAGAGAUGCUACUCCUAAUGCCAAAGGCGAGACUGAUCAAAAGUCGGCUGCAGAGCAAGGUGUUAACCAUUCACCUACUAGCCAUUGCAAUUAUUACUACCCAGGUUAUGAUGGAGCCUUUUCUCAAUUGGAUGAUCAUGGUUAUUUUCGUGCUGAUGGUUCUUAUACAGGAAUUCAAUCAGACAAUGGUUCACUGGUUUAUUAUAUGCCUGGGUUUGAUCAAUAUACUCCUGGGACCUUCAUGGGUGUUGAAGGGCAAUGUCAUCAACCGUACCUUUCUUCAUCAGGAUAUCUUCAGCCCACUGUUUCCUACGGGUCAGAAGCUAUGCCGUGUUACUCUUGGGAUUCAACUUUUGUUGGGAAUGCUCCAAAUGGAACCACUGCUACCCUUGGAAAGGAAAAAUAUGGUCCAGCUCCUAAUGCUUCAAUGAAGAUGAAUAGCUUAAAUUCCCUAAAAUAUAAUGGACCUAUUGCUGGCAAAUCAUCUGUAUUGCCUCUAGAUUCAAAAUCUCGUCCAUCUGCAGCCUCAUCUAAUUUCUCCAAGUCUAACCUUCAUACUCCACCUCUUAAACCAUUGAGCAAGGUGCCUCAUUUAGGUCCUGAAUUUCAGUCGGGAGGCUUUGUUAAGGCUUUCCAAUCAGUAGGGAAGUUCUCAUCAUUUACUAACCAAAAGCAAGAUGUGUUUCCGCAUAAUGGUCCUAUGAACUACAAACCUAAUGGUAGAGUAUGGUAUGGCAAUGACAGAUAUAAGUUGAGGGAGAAGUCCAACAGAAAUGGGGGUUUUGAAGGCUCCGCUGAACUGACACGUGGUCCUAGGGCACAGAACAGAUCUCUUGUAGACCCAGCAGUGGCAAAGGUGGAGUUGGGGCUCACAGUAAGAAGAGAUCAAUAUAAUCAACAAGAUUUCCAGACUCGGUAUGAAAUUGCAAAGUUUUAUGUCAUCAAGUCCUACAGUGAAGAUGACAUUCAUAAGUCCAUUAAAUAUGAUGUUUGGGCUAGCACACCAAAUGGCAAUAAGAAGUUAGAUGCAGCAUUCCAUGAUGCAGGGGGAAAAGCAAGCGAGACCAGAUCAAAAUUUCCAAUUUUCCUCUUUUUCUCAGUGAAUGGAAGUGGACAGUUUGUUGGCUUAGCUGAGAUGAUUGGGCAGGUUGAUUUUAAUAAAGAUAUGGACUUCUGGCAACUUGAUAAGUGGAAUGGGUUCUUCCCUGUGAAAUGGCACAUAAUAAAAGACAUUCCCAACACACAGUUACGUCACAUCAUCCUUGAAAAUAAUGAUAACAGGCCUGUAACUUAUACCAGGGAUACUCAGGAGAUUGGACUCCAGCAAGGUUUGGAAAUGCUAGAAAUUUUUAAGAGUUUCAUGGCUAAAACAUCAAUUUUAGAUGACUUCAACUUCUAUGAAAAUCGGGAGAAGUUGCUUCAUGCCAAAAGGAGUAAUAAUUCUGCAUCUCCUCAAACUGCAGUGUACAGUAAUGGUGAUUUUCGGAAGCAUUUAAAAUCUGGAGAAAGGAAAGUUGAAGAACCGAGGAGAGCAAAGAGAACACCUGAUUCCGUACCAUCUCUCAUUCAUCUUACCAGAAACCUUUCCCUAAAUGCUAGGCCACCAAAGAGCAGUGCUGUAUCAGAUAUUCAUAACUAGUAGAUAAGGGAAUGUCUUCUGUCGCAGUUCCAAAAGCCAUUUUGAAGCUUUUGAAGCCUUUUCUAGCAGUAGCAUCGCAUGUGUUUAUUUCCUAGUGAGGUUUAAUCUAGUUUACGGGGUAAUUCUUUUUAUUUUGAGUGGGUUGGGGUUGGGGUUGGGGUGUUGCAUUGCAGUGAGUUGGAGCUUGAUUUCGGGUAUUUUUUUUUUUUUUUUUUUAAUUAAAAGGAAAAUUGAAUUUCAUUUUUAAGUUGGACGGAUUGACAAAAUCAAUUUACCCCAUAAGAUGGUCUUUUGCAGUUUA